CUAAUAAGAAACAUGAGACGAUAGAGCCUUUGUUUGAAUGGGAAGGAGACAGAAUUGACACCCUCCCGGAAUUACAGGGCGUCACCGGCAGCCACCUCUCUUUCUCUCUCCUCUGCUCCUCACCUGCUUCUGCUACUUUUGCAGUGGAUUAAAGACCAAAUUCAAUCACAACCCCAUCAUCAAAAGAUGUGAUUUUUAUGUAAAUACACACACUUUACUUUUAGAGAGAGAAAGCCCCCCACACACACACACACAAAACACCCUAUUUAUCACCCUUUCUUUCUUUCUUUCCUUUUCACUUUCACCAGAUGAUGUGUGGUUUAAUUGACCUGAACACCGUUAACGACGACGUUUCUGUCGUUACUCCGGUGGUGUGUUGUUUGGAGUUAUGGCAUGCUUGUGCUGGACCUUUGGUAUCAUUACCGAGAAAAGGAAACGCCGUCGUUUACUGCCCUCAGGGUCACCUGGAACAGCUACAGUCUGCUGGUAAAUGUGUGGGUUCUGGCGAGUUUAGUGUUCCGCCUCAUGUGUUCUGUCGGGUUGUUGACGUUAAGCUUCAUGCUGAGGCUGGGACUGAUGAUGUUUAUGCUCAAGUUUCAUUAGUUCAAGAUUCUCAGUUGGAGCAAAAAUGGCAUGAAGUUGGUGAAGGUGGGCGUGGAGUAGAAUAUGCAGAAGAAGAUGAUAACGAGGUGAUUGAAAAGUCAACAACACCACAUAUGUUUUGUAAGACCCUAACUGCAUCCGAUACUAGCACUCAUGGAGGAUUCUCGGUCCCACGCCGGGCUGCCGAGGACUGUUUUCCACCCCUGGAUUAUAAACAACAGAGGCCUUCACAAGAGCUUGUAGCUAAAGAUCUUCACGGGUUUGAUUGGAAAUUCCGACAUAUCUACCGAGGACAGCCUCGGAGGCAUUUGCUCACAACUGGUUGGAGUGCGUUUGUUAACAAGAAGAAGCUCAUAUGUGGAGACGCGGUUCUUUUUCUAAGAGGCGAUGACGGAGUACUGAGGCUAGGGAUCCGAAGAGCCACACAAGUGAAACCGGCUUCUAGCUUCCCGCCAUUUUUUGGGCAUCAGUUAAACGACCGUGACUUUUCGAAUGUGGUGAACUCCAUAUCUCAAAGGACCAUAUUCAGUGUCUAUUACAAUCCGAGGGGUGGCUCAUCGAAGUUCAUAGUGCCGUAUAAUCGGUUUAUGAAGAGCCUCGCAAAUUCAUUCUCUCCUGGUAUGAGAUUUAAAAUGCGGGUCGAAACAGAAGAUGCUGGAGACAGAAGGUGUACAGGAAUCAUAACCGGGCUUAACGAUAUCGAUCCUGCCAGGUGGCCUGGAUCAAAAUGGAGGUGCAUAAUGGUAAGGUGGGAUUGUGGGGAAAUAGCAAGGCAUAAUAGGAUAUCCCCAUGGGAGAUCGAUCGAUGUAGUUCACUUUCGGAAAUAGAAGGGUUCAUGUCGCCAUUAAUGAAGAGGACACGAACUGGUUUCCCUUCGCUUAAUUCAGAUUUUACCGUUCUAAAAGAUCGGUCAACUGAAGGAUCAGACUUCGAGGAAUCAAUGCGAUUCCACAAGGUCUUGCAAGGUCAAGAAAUAUACGGUUUUUACCGUUCGUCUGAAAUAUCUCCAUUGGGGAAUGAUAUCAGAAACCAAAUAAGCGUAGGCUCCGGUGAAUCUUCAAGAUUCAAUAGGGUCUUGCAAGGUCAAGAAAUAAUAUCAAAUCUACAAUACGCUGAAAGAGGAUCAAACUCCGGAAAUUUAUGGAUUCACCCAUCAUCAUCAUCAUCAUCAUCUUCGCCUUCGUCUGUAUUACGGUUCCAGCAAGCAGUCAGUCAAGCUCCCAAUGCUUGUGCUAUUCGAUACGGUGAUAAUAUGAAACCGUUAAGUGGUCAAAACCACCAAGAUUAUCCGUCGAAAAGUCAACAGGAAGAACCAGUGUUGACUUCCACCAAUAGUUGCAGGCUCUUCGGUUUUUCAUUGACCGAGGGAAGUAAUGGUACAAAAGCUCCUCGGGUGUCCAAAUGAUGAGGAUCUAGCGCGUCCAAUAGGGCCGGCCCGUUGUGAAGAUGAUUAGAGGUGUGUUUGAAGCAGAAGUUACAGUGUUUAUUAUGGGUUUUGUUUAUGUCUAGUGUAAACAGUUGAUGGAAUUUUUAGAAAGCUUUUGUUAUCCGAACCCUUUAAUCUAAAGUAAAAUGCACGAAGAGUUUAACGACAAUCAAUGAAAACAAACGAGAAACCAUAACACUU